AUGCAGUUGGAUGCUGACAAGCUUGUACUGCCAGGGGACUACACGCCAUUAGGGACAAAGAUUGGGCGUGGCUUCCCAUUCAUGAAGGCCGAUGAGUGGAAGUCUUGGUGCUUGGUGUACUCUCCUGUUCUCCUGCGUGGUCGUCUACCUGAAGCUCAUCUCAAUAACUGGACAACGUUUGUCAAUGCAUGUCAGUACCUCUCAAUGCCAAGCAUAUCCAUGGCUCACCUUGAUGAAGCCCAUCAAUCUUUGGAGGCUUUCUGCAGAGAGUGCAAGAAGUUGUAUAAAGCCCCAUUCCUUUCGCCAAACAUGCAUCUCCAUCUUCAUCUGCGAGAGACUGUACUGAACUUUGGCCCGGUUUAUGGCUAUUGGCUUUUUAGUUUCGAAAGAUGCAAUGGUAUCUUGAAAAACUAUGCGACAAAUAGAAAAGACGGGUUUGAGGGAACCUAUAUGAAGAAGUAUCUUGAAGAAGCAUACCAGGGAGAUCUUAUUCGCCAAACUUUGCCAAUAAUUCGACCUGAGCAUUCGGCGAUCAUCCUUGAGCUCACUGCAUCCACUGCCAAUUCCAUAGCCACUUCCACUUCCACUGCCACCUCAAUCCAAUUCGAUAUCAAUGCUUUUCUUGAUUCUCCUGAGAUCAACUUUGAUAUUGUCAAGGGAAACGAGCCUUUGCCCCCUUCCGCACUUCCUUUAGCUCUAAAGGGGGAGAUUUCCAUGGAUGAAUCCGAGUAUGAGCAUUUGUUGGAAUACUAUCGCGAGACAUACGAUGAUCAAACUCUUGUUCAUUAUCGUCAGGCUGGUCAUUCCGAUAAUUUUGUUAACAAUCGGAUACAGAAGUUUGAAUCAAUCAAUCUUCUUGGGCAAAUCUACAAGAGCAAAACGAAGAAUCAGCGUGGGUCGUUCAUGCAAGCCUUGUUUGAGACAAGUGAUGGUAGAAGUACCAAGCCAUACGCGGGCCAAAUUCAGUACCUCUUUGUCAAUACUGCUGUAAACUCGUUUGCUGGUCAUGCGAGCCAGCAUGUAUUUGCAUAUGUACGAUGGUACAAGGAAGUUUUACUUCAGCCCAGAGCAGGAGAAGGAGUUGAGGUGAAUGAGGUGGGGUUCGAAGAUGACAGCAUGAACAGCAUUCUCCCAGUGCAUAGAAUCUGCUAUCCAGUCGCAGUAGGCGAGCACCUUG